AGAGCCGCCGUAGUCCGAACCUUCUAGCGCUCUGAAGCCGCGGCAGCCGGAGCUCGCGGCUCGCCGCGGGUGUGCGACUUCCGUGUUGGCGGGAUUCUAAACGCAGCCAUGGCUCAGAACGUUCAGAACGUUACAUUGUCUCUCACGCUGCCCAUCACGUGCCAUAUUUGCUUGGGGAAGGUUCGCCAUCCUGUCAUAUGCAUCAACAAUCAUGUAUUCUGUUCUGUUUGUAUUGAUGUAUGGUUGAAGAACAAUAGCCAAUGCCCAGCUUGCCGUGUCCCCAUCACCUCUGAAAAUCCCUGCAAGGAGAUUAUCGGAGGAACAAGUGAGAGUGAACCUAUGCUUAGCCACACUGUCAGAAAGCAUCUUCGAAAAACUCGACUGGAGUUACUUCACAGAGAAUAUGAGGAUGAGAUAGAAUGUCUUCAAAAGGAAGUAGAAGAGCUUCGAGGGAAGAACCUCAGUCUAGAGUCCCAGCUGAAGUCUGUUCUGGAUCCUUUGACCUUGACGGCAGGUAGCCAAAAUGAAGAGAGGCGACCAGCUGCUGAGGAGAGAAGUAAGGCGCACCCGGAAACUGUGGCAGAAUGGAAAAAAAAGCUGCGCAUGGCUCAUGACAUCUAUGAAAAAGUGAAAGAUGAUGUCGAUAAGCUCAAGGAGGCAAAUAAGAAACUAAAACUGGAAAAUGGUGGCCUGAUGAGGGAGAAUUUACGGUUGAAGGCUGAAGUUGAUAACAGAUCACCCCAAAAAUUUGGCAGAUUUACAGUUGCUGCUCUUCAGUCCAAGGUAGAACAGUAUGAGCGAGAAACAAAUCGCCUCAAGAAAGCCCUGGAACGAAGUGAUAAGUAUAUUGAAGAAUUAGAAUCUCAAAUCUCACUGCUAAAAAGCCCAAGUGAAGAAACUGAAACUACAAACUCUAUUAGCCAAAGAGUACUUUCUACAGAAGGCCAAGGAAACAGUUGCCCUGAGGAAGGUUCCACAACUUCAACAAGUAAGGGAGAUGGUGCCAGAAAGCAGCCUAUUCCACCCAACCCAAGUGCUACACACCUUACACAGCCUUCAAGUAGUAGACUCUUAGAUGUUAACUCUGCUAGUCAAGAAGGCUCGAGUGAGAGAGAGACAGAGUGUUGUAAGAACAAAGAACUCUUCCCAGAACAGUUAAAAAUCCUCUUAGAUGUCCCUGAUUCAAGGUUGGAUACCUGUUUGGAAAGACAGUGGAAUAAUAAAACUGGGAAUUGUGAACCAUAUAAAGAUGAGGAACUUUAUGAUCUCCCGGCUCCUUGUACUCCCGCUUUGUCUCUUAGUUGUCUUCAGCUCAAUACCCCAGAUAACAAAGAAAGCUCCCUAGUCAAAACAGAGAGUGUCAGAAAGCACUCACACCACCUAAGAAAAUUGGUGUUUGAUGAUUUUUGUGGCACUCCAAGCAAUUGUAGCAAAGAUUCCCUCCCGGACAAUACAAAUAAUAGUGAAAAUGAAAAGAAAUCAGAAUGCUUCACUUCCCCAAAGUCAGUGUUUUGGGAUUGUUGCCCUUCCAAUUUUGCCCAAAACUUAAAUUUUGAAAGUUCAGAGCAGAAUACAGUUGCAAGUUCUUCUGGAGAUUUGUCAUUGAAAUCCAAUGAGAAAGCGAGCUCCUGUUUAUCUAAAAGGUUAAAUUCUAUUCGCUCCUUUGAAAUGAAUCGUACCAGGACAUCCAGUGAAGCCUCAAUGGAUGCAGCUUACCUUGAUAAGAUCUCUGAGCUAGACUCCAUGAUGUCCGAAUCAGACAACAGUAAAAGUCCCUAUAACAGUUUUAAGUCAGCAGACAUGGAAACGCCAACAAAGUUAGCACAAAGCAACGAAUUUUUGGAUGACUCUGAAAAAAUAGAAGAAAGAACUAAGCCAAACCUUACAAAAUGUUCUCAGUUGCUUGAUCAGCCAGGAAAUAGAAAUGAGUGGAAACCCACUUCUUUUUUCAUCCUUUCACCACCUGACCAAGAAAUGAAUGAACACUUUCCACUCCUCCCCUCUCCCAAUUCAGGAACUAGUGAAAUCAAACCCCCAAACUGUUUGUUUCAGAGGGAGUUUUCCCAGAAUCUUUUGUUUAGUAAUUCACAUAGGCUAUUUGAUGAUCAAAGGUUUGGGCCAUCUUUUUUCAAGGUGUCCUCAGAGAUGCACAGUGUUCACAAUCACCUUCAGUCCCCAUGGUCUGCUUCCUUUGUGCCUGAAAAGAGGAAUAAGAGUAUGAAUCAGUCAGCAAAAAGAAAAAUCCAAAGUAGCCUUUCUAGUGCCAGUCCAUCUAAAGCAACUAAAAGUUGAUUCAGUUCUAUUGAAAAGAUACUAGUUGUCUUUGUCCUGAGAGGAAAAUGGAAGUUUCUGAACUGUUGUUUCCAGCCUACUCCCUUGCCCCUCCAGAGACAUCCCAGCUAGUUUGUAUUGAUCCUUUUAACCAAAAAAAAAAAAAAGUAAAAAAUGAAUGGGCUAGGCUUCACUUCCAUACUCCUGAGAACCUCCUCAUGAAUAAUGCCAAGAGCUUGGCUUUCCUUUGAGUGUUUUUCUUUUUUAUCAUCAUCAUCAUCAUCAUCAUCAUCAUCAUUGUGAAGUAUCAGGGUGGGUAUAUUUUGUAUUUUUGUAUUUUAUUUGUCAGAUAUAGCAGCCUGCUGGUAAGGAGAAGCUUGUAGAUGUUAAAUAAAAUCCUCAGAGCUGUCUGUAACAUCCAUCAAACAUUUUGUUUCCAUAGCGCUUUUCUCAAUAUGUAAAUUCUCUUUAUACCUGCCACCAUUAUUUUAUACAGCAAUGACCUGACUUUAGGAAAGGCUACAUAUUGUGAAUUAGCUCUAUAGGCAUGAGUUUAUUGGAGGUAUCCUACAUAAUUUUUGAGUUUGGGGUUGUUGUUUUUUUUAUUCUUCUUUAUCUAGCCAGUAUAGGUACGACCUCAAAAAUGGAGAAGAAAGAAUCAUGGUUUUCAACUUCAAAGUGGUUGGUUUUUUUGUUGGUUUUGGUCCCCCCUCCCCCCCAAUAAAGCUGAGUCUGUUUACCUACCUCUUUAUGGAAAACCGGAAAUUCAGCUUACUCUGAGUGGGGAAAUAUGAUAACUUCAUGGCUUGGAUAUAGAGCACUCUAAGUUCUCCGUCCCAUAUUCUAGCUCUGAUGAUGUCCCAGGGCUACUUAUUGAAGUGCUGGACUUGCUGUUUGCAUGACACUGUGCUUUAUCGAAACCACAGUCUUUGUGCAUGCUAGCAUUGUUGCUUGCUCUGUUUUCCAUGCUUUAAGAAAGUUAGGUUUUGGGUAGUCAUAGAAUGUUUCUCUUAUGUAAGAUAAAAGUGCUUUUUCUUUUGUGGGGAGUGUGCAGGGGGUGGGGGUGGGGAAGAAUUAAGCACAAUUUUUAAUUUAGGUUUGGAAAAGCAUUUGUUAUUCCAAACAUUCAGUAUCCCUAUACAGGCCUUUAAAAAUGGGUUUGUAUGCUAAUGACUUGUUUACCUAAUGUGCACUGAACAUUUUACAUUAAUACUGUACUGUUUUACAUUAAUACUGCAUGCUUUUCUAUGUGAAUUGAAUAAAGGAUGUCAUAAGCACUGUAA